AUCACAUUACUCGAAACUACUGGCACACAAAGUACUGUCCACUUGUGCGUUGGAACGAUGGAGCUCGUGAGCGACGAUCGUGCGAAGCGAGGCACGUCGCGCACCGAGUGCCUUGCCAUGCUCGAGUUCUUGCGCAUUCCGGACAACUAUGCGUUGAUGACUGGCAAGGCCUCCAAAGGAAAGUUGAUGAAAGGCGGGCUGAGGCUCACAAAGGCCCACGGCCACGCCCUAAUGGCCGAUUAUGUGAACAUGGUCGUUCAUGAUAGCACGCAAACGUGGACUACGCAGGACGCAAAGUCCCUGUAAUUGAAUACAUGAACGUCCUCAUCAACACACAUUCAUCUAGAUACGAUGCUUACGUCUCGUCAUAUAAAAAAGCGCUUUGUUGGUGCGGUCCGAACAACAGCGGGCGAGGUCUCACUCAAAAGGACUACAAACGAAAAAUCUUCACGAUUGAAAGCAAGUUGAAGAGUAUUUGUCCGUACUACAACGACAUGAAUGCGCUUUUUGGCGGACGCCAG